CCCCCCUCUUCUUCUUGACCCUUUCCCCAUCUUUCCCUUUCCUCAUAGUAUUUCCUGUCUCUCUAAAACCAAAUCUGAAAUCUCACAUCGUCGGAAAAAAUUAAAAUUGUACUCUGCCAAAAAUUUAUUUCAUGUCGGGUGUAAGUCUUGCGGUGGGUCCACGAACGGAAUCGAACGAUGCGGCGGAGUUGAAGAGGGCACAGCAGCUGAAGCCACCUCUACGGCGGCAACAUCAGCAGGAGCAGAACAGUGUUGUUGGUGGGGUCAUGGGAUCUCUACGCGUAAUUGAACUCCAACUUGUUGCUUUCAUCAUGGUGUUCUCCGCUAGCGGCCUCGUACCAUUUCUCGACCUUGUUUUCCCCGCGUUUACGUCUGCCUACCUUCUCUUGCUGGCGCGGUUUGCGUUUCCGUCUCAUGGUCACACAUCGACCGGGUCACCAGAGAUUUUCCAGGGGAGCACGUUGUUUAGAAUGUAUGUGGUGGUGGGAACGACGGUAGGAUUGUUCUUGCCAUUGGCCUAUGUGUUGGGUGGAUUUGCUAGAGGCGACGAGCAUGCAGUACGAUCGGCAACACCGCAUUUGUUCUUGUUGUCGUUUCAGAUUCUAACUGAGAAUGUGAUAAGUGGGUUGUCGUUGUUUUCACCACCGGUGAGAGCAUUGGUACCGCUACUUUAUACGGUCAGGAGGAUUUUUGUGAUCAUGGAUUGGACGAAAGAUGUUUGGCUAAACAAAGCCCUACCGGCGAAUGCACCAAUCAAAGACAUAGGAUGGUUUUGGUUUGGAAGAACAUUAGCGGUGGCUAAUUUUGCGUAUUUCUGCAUAAAUUUAUUUGGAUUUUUGAUCCCAAGAUUCCUUCCAAGGGCAUUCGAAAAAUAUUUUAAGGAGAGAAGUGAUGAAACUCAUGCCAAAUUUCAAGAAGACAAGCUUUCUUCAGCUACUGCUGCUGCUAAAUCUCAGCCCUCCGAUAAGAAAUCCGAUUGAUUCAUUUUUCUCUUUUCUAGUCUUUCUUUCCUACAAGAUCAAAACUCCUCCCUUCCUUUUAUAUUAUCUUAGACUAUGUGUUUUUCUUUCUUUUUUGGGUGCUUCUGUCCUAUAAUUUAUUAUAAAAAUAGGUAACUGUUGACUUCGACUCACUACCCUACACUUUGUGCUAUCCGCAUUACAACUUAGGUUGGUCGGGUUAUAUAUCAUUGGUGAUGGUAUGAAGUCUAGUAGUUGGUUUUUCUUGCA